AUGAAUUCAGAUAAGUCAAAUAUUCUCAAAAAAUACAAGAUUGUAUUUUUGGGAGAUCAGAGUGUGGGAAAGACAUCUUUGAUAACGCGGUUCAUGUAUGACACAUUUGACGAAACAUAUGCGACGACUAUUGGAAUAGACUUUUUGAGCAAAACUAUGUACCUCGAAGAGGGUAAGACUAUUCGGUUACAGUUGUGGGAUACAGCAGGUCAAGAGAGAUUCAGGUCAUUGAUACCAUCAUAUAUACGAGACUCCCAUGUUGCUGUUAUUUGUUAUGAUAUCACCAACAAAAAAUCGUUUACAAAUUUGGACAAAUGGAUCAAGGAUGUGAAAAUAGAGAGAGGAGACGAUGUGAUUAUUGUGUUAGUAGGAAAUAAGCUGGAUUUAGCAAAUGAAAAGCGACAAGUGAGUGUAGAGGAUGUUGAGCAGUUGCACAAUAAAAUUGGCUCGAAAUUUUUCAUUGAAACAUCAACAAAAGCUAAUCACAAUGUGAAAUUAUUGUUCAAGAAAAUUGCACAAGCAUUGCCUGAGUUUAAUAGCGAGGAAGACGAAGCGAACGGUGGGGAGCUCCAGACGUCUAAUAAGUCGGAGACGAUAGAUAUAAGUAUUGAAAAUAAUGAGCAAGGUACUCAAGGAUCGAGCACAUGUUACUCAACGCCCUCAAAUAGUUCCAAUGGAAACAGCGCUUUGUCUCCAAUACUGAAAAGCCAACCAGUAUUGAAGAAAAAACCUGCACCUUGUGCACCUCCCACCAAAAGUACAAUUUCGCCGAUCCAGCUACUUGUUUCCAAGUAUCAAACGUCGUUCAACGCUUCAGACUCAGACUCAUUGACGGUAAGUGAAGUUGCUCCGAUCCAACUCACCAAACUUAAAAAGGGCUUUCUUGCAUCAAGAGCUAUCGCUAAAACAACUUCAGUUUAUGAGCCAAGUCGGCUGCUCAACUCAAAACCGCUGGCGCUGGCGACGACAACAACAGCUGCACAACAACAAUCACAACAAUCACAACAAUCAUUACCACUACCACUUGCGCCAAAAAAGUUGCCCAAAAAUCUAGCUAGUCAAGUGAAAAGGUUCCAAACAAAAUUUCACCUCGAUCCUGUUUCUUCAUCACUUGUGCAAGCACAAUCGAAAAGCAAGACGUCGAUAAACUCGAUUAUCAAUUUGGACGAUGGCCAUAGUACAUCUUCCCCCUCACCAGCUCCUCCUUUGACUCCAUUGCAGUCAAACGAGGUACUGGCUAAUCAUAACCUUUUGAAAAGAAAAAGCUCCUUUACAGUAUUUGAUUCGAAAAAGCGGAAACAAACACCAGAAUUGCAACAAUCGCCGGCUCUGCUUUCGCGUCAACAGCUGACACCACUGCAAUUUCAACAAAUACUACGAAAGCAAGCUGCUGCAUCUGACGUCCCGAUCAAGAAACCAUUGCAACCGGGGAUGACGACUGAAAAAUCCGAUAGCCGGCCUGUUGUGAAACUAUCAGCACCGUCAGUAAUUGAUUUGUUAAAUCCUCAAGAAGCUGACGUUGUGAAUGAAGAAACAGCAUUAUCAUCAUUUACGGCUGUCUCUUUGUUGAAUGAGGAAAAUGCGAAAAAGAGGUUGGACAAACCAACUUUGGAGACAUCAAUCCUGGAUAGAUCAACUCUGGAGAAACCAAUCCUGGAUAGAUCGACUCUGGAGAAACCAUCUAUUGGAAAGGAAAAGGAAAAGGAAAAGGAAAAGGAAAAGGAAAAAAUUGAAACUCCCAUUAUUGCAUUGAAUAUACCUCUUUUAGAUCCAAAAAAUCCACAACCUGGUAAAGCCGAAGUUGUUGUAAAUGUAUUGAAAUUAGCUGAAGAUAAGUAUGGUUGGUCAGUGAUACAUCCCAAGGCUAAGUCAGCUAUAGAUAUAAUUGACGAUAUGAUUGACGAUGAAGAUGAAGAUGAUAAUGACGACGAUGACGAUUUGAUAGAUGAUCAAGAAAAGCAACAGAACACAACUUCAGCAGGAUACCAAUUACCAGUACAGCCAAGAGGAAAAGAACUAACAGAGGAACAGUUGGUACGACAACACGAGAUUAGAAUGAUUCGAAAAGUUGGUAAAUACGAUUUUGAGGAUCCAUUUAUCGAUGAUAUUGAAUUGCAGAUGGAGGAAGAGAUUUCAACAACAAAAGAAGGUUUUUUUGUUUAUUGGGGACCACUUAUAGAUGAUCGAAAUUCCGGGAAGAAGGGGUCGUCCAAGUCAAAAAAAUGA